GCAAAUUGUUUAAUGUUUGGAUCUAACCGAAUAGCUAUACAUUAGCAUUUUAGAAUGAAUCCGUAAAUAUCUUGCAUCAAAUUGUGAUUUUAUGUAAUUCGAAUACUGACUGUAAUUUGAAAACUAUCCUAUUUGUUGUUAUGAACUGUAUUACCUGAGUAGGUCAACGAUUUCAUAGUGGAUUUGGUUACCGUUUCAGAGAAGUAAAGUGAUCUCGAAAUAUAUAAUUCAUGAUUUCGACGCUCGGUGGAAAUGGCAGAAAAUGAUGAUUUUUUAGACUCGAUUGACAACAAUCAUUUGGAAGGAACUAACGGCUCAAUGAAUAUGACCGACAAUAGUCUCGGAGGCGGAGAUGAAGCGGCCGGCGGAGAAGCUCCUGACCUUGCAGCUAUCAAGGCCCGAGUGCGGGAGAUGGAAGAAGAAGCUGAGAAACUGAAACAAAUGCAGACUGAAGUUGACAAGCAAAUGAGUAUGGGAAGCCCACCAGGACUAACCAGUCCAUUAAACAUGUCUAUCGAAGAAAAAAUAGAAGCAGACAAUAGAUCAGUAUAUGUUGGUAAUGUUGAUUAUGGAGCCACGGCUGAGGAGCUGGAGCAGCACUUUCAUGGUUGUGGAUCUAUUAACAGGGUUACAAUAUUAUGCAAUAAGUAUGAUGGCCACCCAAAAGGUUUUGCCUACAUCGAAUUUGGCGACAAGGAUAGUGUCCAGACUGCAAUGGCUAUGGAUGAAUCAUUAUUUAGAGGAAGGCAAAUAAAGGUGAUGCCGAAGCGUACGAACAAGCCGGGCUUGUCGUCGACGAACCGCCCGCCGCGCACGAUGCGCGGGCGCGGGCGCGGCUACCGCGGCGGCCUCGCGCCCUACUACACGGGCUUCCGGCCCCCGCGACGCGGCAGAGUCUUCAAGCGCGGCUCGUACUACUCCCCGUACUGAGUGUGGUAGUGGGGUCCGCCCCCCCGGCCAUGGCCCUCGUUAACCCAUUAGUGAAGUGGCGCGCGUAUAUCUAACUGUAGCAUAGCGCGACAGUGCGACGCCGCCCGAACUUACUACCCAGGACGAUAACGCUCACUAUUCCGUAAUUCACUGUCGAGUGACGUCAUAAGACAGUAAUGUGAUCGCCUAUGUAGCUAUCUAUGUCUAACAUUGGUGUGUCCAAACAAAAACACCGCAGUGUGUCCCUGCAUUUGAAUUAACGUG